GGGACAGUCCUCCUAUCAACCCCCCACACACAUCAUUUAUUUAUAUUUCUUUUUUUUUUUCUCCACAAAAUAAUAUAAAAAUGUUUGGUAUGCGCAAGUGGAAUACACCUGUCCUUCGCCCUGCUGCCCCCUUCAUUGUUGGUGGCGUUGCUGUUUUAUACUUAGUUUCAAAGGCCCAAUCUGCCAUGAUUGACAGUGAUCAAUACAGAAACGACCCUAGAAAUCCUGCUUUGGCUUCUGGAAAGAAAGCUCAUUAACUCAAAUUCAACAACACAAAUUUGUAUACAAAUUUAUAAAUAAAUAAUAAUAAUAAAAAGCACAUACAAUCUCGUUGUAAAUGCACAUCAUUGUAAAAGAAAAAAAAAAAAGAAUAAAUAAUAUAUUUUCUUUAUUUCGAA